AUGCCGUUGUAUCUAUGCGUGGAUUGUGGCGGCUCGAAGGCUGCCGCCGUCAUCGCCGACGAGACAGGCAAUCCCGUCGCCCGUGCCCUCGGAGGCCCCUCCAACUUCGCGUACCUCGGUUUGGAGCCCUUCGUCGCUGUCGUGAAGGAGACAGUCGAGAAAGCUCUCAAGGCCUGCAUCGAUCUCGCGGGUCCUCUGACCCUCCCUCCUCCAGCGGGCCAGUCUUACCUGGCCGCCGCCUGGUUCGGUGUCUCUGGCUGCGAUUCACCCCAAGCCAUCGCCGACAUGACCCCUGCACUCGAAGCCCUUCUCGGCGUCCGCCCGCGCGUCGCUAACGAUACCCACCUCCUGGCCGCACCCAUGACGCUCUAUCCCGAUGUUACCGGUGCUGUAGCCAUCGUAGCAGGGACAGGCGGGAUUGUCGUGAGCUUCCGCGAGGCGGUGCACAAGGAGACUGGGGAGAAGGCGGGGCUGGAUGAGCUCGGGCGGUGCGGAGGGUGGGGCUGGAUAUUGGGCGACGAGGGGGGAGGGUUCCAUGUUGGGCGAGAGGCGAUCCGGCAGGUACUUGAUGAGGCGGAUCGGGCAAGCGUGAAGCCCAAGACAGCCGAGGUGAGCAAGCCAUGGGGUCUCCGCCAACGCAUCCUCGCUCGCUUCGGCAUCUCCGACGUCUACGAGCUGCUCACCAUCGUGCACAAGCCCGACCCCGCCCCGAUCUCACCCACCACGAGCGCGCCCGGCGACCUCGUCCCGAUGUCCGCAAUGUCGCGCGAGAAGCGGCUCUCGUCGCUCAGCCCGCUCGUGUUCGCCGCGGCGUUCGCGGACGGCGACCCGCUCGCGCUGAGCGUCUUGAGGGCGACGUCGAGCGCGCUGGUGGACCAGAUCUGCGUGCUGCUCCGUGCGGAGGGGCAGGAGGCGGGCGAGGGGGAGCGGAGGAUCAGGGCGGCGGAGAGUAUACUAUGUAUGGGCGGGUCGUUGAGCGGGGUGGAGGCGUAUCGGAAGCUGAUCGUGGACGAGCUGGCGAGGCGAGGGCAUGUUUUUCGGCGCGUGCAGGUCGUGGAUGAUGCGGCGGCUGUGGGUGCGAAAGCUUUGACGGUUAUGAAGACGUGA